AUGUACUUCUCCAAGCUCUCCGCUGUUUCCGUUAGCCUUCUGGCUUCCUCUACGCUUGUGGCUGGCCACAGCGCAAUUGUCGGUGCUACUGGUGAUGCGGGUGGCCAAGGUUCUGCAAUCGGUGUUGACCCAGCUACUCCUCGUGAUGGCACAGGCCGCAAUCCCUUCCAACAAGACGCCACGCGCUUCCGCGGUGAUGCCGCAGAUACUUGCGGUGAGACUCUUGGUGGAGGUGACAAUGAUAUCGACGCCGGAACUGCUGCGGUCAUGGCCCAAAACGGGGCCACUCUUCCUCAAGUCUCUGCUGGUGGACAAAUCAUGAUGACUGUCCAUCAAGUAAACAGUGAUGGGGCUGGACCGUACACCUGCAUGAUCGACGCCACCGGUACCGGUACCAACUGGCAGCCAAUGACCGUCACUCAGAACCUCGAGGGCAAUGAGCGUGGUCGCAACCGGGAUACCCAGAUGCAGGAUCUUCCUUUGACUGCUGAGAUCCCUGCUGGCCAGACUUGCACAGGUACCGUUGCUGGCCAGACCAACGUUUGCAUGGUUCGUUGCGAGAACCCUGCACGUGCUGGACCUUUCGGUGGCUGUGUUCCUGUACAAAUGGCUGGAACUGCUGCCAACGCUGGAACUGCUGCCAACGCUGGCACUGCUGCUAAUGCUGGCACUGCUAAUGCUGGUACCGCAAACGCUGGCACUGCCGCGAAUGUUGGAAAUGCUGGUACUGCCAACACUGGUACUGCCAACACUGGUACUGCCAACACUGGUACUGCCAACACUGGUACUGCCAACACUGGUACUGCCAACACUGGUACUGCCAACACUGGUACUGCCAACACUGGUACUGCUGGUACUGCUAGCACUGCUGGUACUGCUGGCACUGCUGGCACUGCUGGUACUGCUGGCACUGCUGGCACUGCUGGAAACAAUGCCAACGCUGGUACUGCUGGCACUGCCAACACCGGUACUACUGGUACGGCUGGAACAGCAGGAACAAUCAACAACGCUGGCAAUACCAACACCAACACCAACACCGGAAACCUCGCUCAGUCUCCCUCUGCCAACAGCCCUGCCGCAAUCAACGGUGCUACCAACGGUGCAUCUACCGCCGGCUCCAACACAGGCAAUCUACCCGCCACGGCCCCUGUCGCCGGCGCUGCUGCGCGCAAGCGUCAGGCGGAGAGGAAUCAGCGUGAGCAGGAUAGGACUCAGCGUCAGUCUGGGAACAGCGAACCCGCGCUUACAAAUGACGAUCAGGAGGAGGAGGUUGAGUUGCUUGAUGGCGAAUUUGAGUUUUAG